AUGGGGACCCCCGCCUCUAAGGCUUGUCAUAACUGUCGGCGACGGCGGUUGAAAUGCGAUCGGGCUGUCCCGUCGUGCGCGAAAUGCUUCCACACCGGGCAGGAAUGUCUGGGAUAUGGCAAGCUCUUCCUCUGGAAUCAAGGCGUGGCUAGUCGGGGGAAGAUGAUGGGGAAGACGUUUCCAGUGCCGGGUUCAGAGUCAGUGUCUGGGUCAGGGUCAAAGUCAUUGCCAGAGCCAUACGAUCAGAAGAAAGAAGCGACAACUGUGCCUUCUCAGGACGCAUUGGUCUAUACUGGCCCUGGCUUCUUUCUUUCAGGUCCUCUGCUGGACCCUCUAUAUCAGAGUCUGGACGAGUCCUCGAGACGGUACCUGUCUCACUCUGAUGCCACCAACGCGAACCCCUUCCGCCGUCUUGUGCCGCUCUGUCGGGACUAUCCCAUCCUACGACAUGCCAUCAACGCAGCGGGCGCGCUGCAUAUCUCAUGUCUCCAUCGCCGGACCGGAGACCCAUGCGAUGCAGACCGAUCAGUCCAGCGCCGGCAUACCUUCGCCUUAGAUCCCACCGACCCGUCGUCCCGCGCAUUGAUCGACGCGCUGUCAGCAAAGCAACGAGCCCUUGCUCUCCUUCGACAAGCCCUCGAAGACGUUUCCACUAUCGACGUCGAUCUCUCUAUCGCGGUCGUGCACCUCUUCAUCAUCUUCGAACUCCUGAGUCCCGGUGGCGAUGAGUGGCGCGCCCAUGUCCAGGGGGCACUGCGACUCAUCAGCUACCUCCAGACCCUGACGCCCCGUCGCGCCUCGCCAGCAGCCCUGAUACGUGACACCGUCACCUCGGACUGUUUAACAUGGUACAUCCUCGGCUCGACCCUCACGAAGACCACGACACUUUCCGACCCUUUUUUGCUUUCAGGCGACAUUUUCGCAUCCCUUACGCGAGCUGAAACAACCAGCUAUAUCUCCCUUCCGACUACACUGUUGCACAUUCUCUUCAGAGCCUGCGAGCUAUCAAACCUCGUCUCAGUGAGCACGAUGCUCAACGACCCAAACAUAGACUAUAGCGGCAUCCUCUCGCAGGCGCACACUCUUCUCCAGAUGACCAAGUCCUUUGACGCGCACGCCUGGGCCUUCUCACUCGAACGGUCCUUCGACUCUUCGCGGACGCUGAGCCGGAUCCAUACGGCUCUGGCUCACCAGAACGCUCUGUCAACGUAUAUCUGCCGCAGCGUUGACGUGAUCGCUUCGCCGGUCGCGCUCGGUGAGAACACCGAAACGCUCGUGACGAAUAUCAUUACCCAUCUGAGCUUUGUAGGUAGCACGGAUCCGAUCUUUGUGGCGACGACAUGGCCGACGUUCAUUGCGGGCGCGGAAACAGAUAACCCAAUCUAUCGGCGAUGGGCCGUCGAUCGUUUAUCGGAGUUUUGGAGCCUCAUGCCGUGGGGGUACGUGCGCACUGCGAUUGAGGUAAUGGAGACAACCUGGAGGCUGAGGGACGAAGCUGGGGCGAGGGGUAGGGCUGGCGGGGUGCUGAAGAGGGAAAGCUGGCUCCAGCAGCUGAAGGAGCUGGAGAAGUAUUGGCUGAUUGCCUGA